CCAACAACAACAACAUAAACAAGUCUCAGCCAGCAACCGAAAUCGCAGUUCAAGUUGCCGAGUGAACCACUUAUAAUGUAAACAAGUUUUUAUCCUUAAAUAACUUCCCUUCAAUGAAUUAUUUAUCUUUUGCGCUGUCCAAAUUCAUUUGUGCUUAAUUAGAAUACAUCAAAAAUAAACAUCUUUCUAAUGGCAAACAGCAAGGACACGCCGGAGCAUCUUCAAGCGCAAAACAUAAUCGUUAUUCAGCCUGGCUCUCUGUACCUGCGCAUGGGACGAGCCUCAGACGUGAAUCCAUGCCGACUUCUACAUGCCAUAGCGCGGCGUCGCACUCCAGGAGGGCAAUUUUAUCGUGAUUGUGUGUUGCCACGUCCCGUGGUGACCAAGGCCAGGGAUUUGCUGCCGGAAUUUGAAGAAUGUCGGCUGCAGGUAUCACAUACAUUGCAAUCAUGCGUCCAGUCCGAUGGCCGCCGCAGAUAUGCCACCCCGCCCCAACAAAUAUCUGCCUUUAAUCGACGAUCAGUACCGGAGGUGAUUGAAGGCACGAAAAUGGAAUGGAAAGAUGACUUACCAGGCAAUACAUUUGUGGGCGAAGAAGUACUUUGGUUGAAACCAAAGGGAGAAUUUAACCUUCAUUUUCCUAUCAAACGAGGCGAGCUGAAUCUCCACCGUGAAGUUGGUGGUUCAAUGACUUCAGUUAUGGCAGAUUUGCAGGAAAUCUGGGAAUAUGUACUACGAUAUAGAUUGCGAAUCGACUUGAAACAGCUUAAGCAUUUUAAGGCCGUAUUAGUAAUACCAGAUAUUUACAAUAGAGCGCAUUUGAAAGAAUUAACAACGCUACUUUUGAAUAGAAUAGGGUUUGGAUGUUGCUUUUUAGUACAAGAUCACGUAGCAGCAACCUUUGGGGCUGGUCUGGGCUAUGCUUGUGUCGUUGAUGUGGGAGAUCAGAAAACGUCGGUUUCUUGCGUAGAAGAUGGCAUUUCUCAUCCAAAUACAAGAGUUCGUUUGGAUUAUGGAGGUGCCGAUAUAACGCAAACGUUCUACUGGAUGCUUCAAAAAUGCGCCUUUCCUUAUCAGGAAUGCGAUCAAAAUAAUCCUCAGGAUGCAUUUCUUCUAAAACAGCUAAAAGAAGAAUAUGGUCAUGUGAACCUGGAUUUAUGUGGUUCCGUAGAAAAAUCCUUUACUGUACAGCAUCCAAUGCAACAGAAGCGAAAAUUUACGCUUCAGGUCGGCGAUGAAGCGAUCGUAGGGCCGUUAGCUCUAUUUCACACAGAGCUUCUUUCGGUAACAGGGGCAAAUCGAUCUAUUCCAAAAACGCAAAAACCUUGUACAGUUCAGCCUCAUCCGGAAGACUGUUUCGAUGCUGAGUACUUGCGAGAAACAGGACGACGAGGAAAAGAAAAUCUAGAACAGACUGCAAACGAAAGCGGAAUGGUCAAUGUGGAAAAUCAAGACGAAGACAUGGUGGUAGAAGGAUUGGACCAACCAGAGAGAGACGGAAAAGUGAGCGAAAAGGAUUUCAUGCUUCCCGGGGGACAACUCAUUGGAAUUGAUCAGGCUGUACUUCAGAGUAUUGAACGAUGUCCCAACGACGAAUUAAAACGAAAGAUGUAUGGAUGUAUUCUGGUGGUGGGAGGAGGGAUGAAAUUUAUCGGAAUGUCUAAUUGGCUUCAGAACAAAGUGGCGUUGAAAAUACCUCUAAUGUAUCGUUCGGAGCAUAAUAUUGUGCACAGUUCCAAAGAUAUUGAUCCCGAGAACACUGCCUGGAAAGGAGCGGCUAUUAUGUCCUGUCUGGAAAGUGCCACUGAACUUUGGUUGACUGAACCCGAAUGGAAUAGGUACGGACUUCGAAUUCUUCGCGAAAAAGCAGUUUUUAUGUGGUAGGCCGCCGACCUUAAAAUUUAUUUCACACUAUCGUUGAGUAAGUAUCAAUUUCUACAAGCUAUUUUAAAAGGAUUUUUUCUACAUGCAAUGGUUAUCAUUGAAUGAUGGAAGAACAAUAAUGCGCUACUAAAAGCAUUCUUCUAUAAUGCUUGAUUGUUUUCCAACUAUUGAGCACGGUCACAAUAAACCAAUAUAUGGAGUACUAGGUAAUCGCCAUGUAAGCAAUCAAACAGACGGAUCGUUAUUAUCUGAAAUAGUAUUCUGCACAAGAGACACUGAAUAACGUGUCCUAAAUUUCUGUUAAAAGAAACAGAAAACUCUUUGGUUCGAAGAGGCACCAAUGCCACCUACUAAAACAUAGUUUCUAAUUAGAUGUGCCUGCUUCAACAAGAUCAGUGUUGGUUUCUGGGAUAUCACUCGGUUGCUCAACCGUAUGCUGAGUCUUGAGACGUUUCUUAGCCUGAAUAUCAGCCAUGGUCUGUUCGAUAGAACGAAUAUCUCGUUUGUUUUCACUAGGAACUGGAAAAAGAGUAAUUUGUUACUUUAUUGCGCAAGUAUAAAAAUCAAACUUCGGCUCACCGUAACCGUAGCUUUUGUUGGAUUCGGUUUUCUUGGCUGCUUCCAAGGCUGCAUCCUGACCGAUUAGAUGCACAUACUUUGUCUUGUAGUUUGUUGUCGGAACUGCCAGCUCUUUCUCUUCCAAGGGUUUUUUCUGUAAUUCUUCCUCGAGUAGUUUACGCUGUAGUCGCCUUUCGGCGUAUUCUUCGGCUGUCUGUUUGUUCCAAGGAUCUCCAUUUCUCCGAGCGGCCAAUUCAUCUUCGGAGGGCAUAUUUUCCUUCUUGUAAACUACAAUGUAACGGUCCACAUCUUCUACUCCAAAGCUCAGCGCUGCCAAGCCAGCUAUUUCUGCUAUAUCAUGUCUUUGAAAGAAUUAAUAUUUAUUCGUUUUGUGUCAGAAUGUUUCGAAACAACUUAAAAACAUUUUAAAUAAAAUUAAUAGUGA